AUGGCCAAGGGCAAACCAAUGGUGACGUUGCUCCCAAUCUGCUUCCUCUUCCUCCUCGCGCUCGCUUCCGCCGCCGAGAUCGUCGACAAUAAUGGUGUCGUUGUUGAAGACCUGAACAAUGGUGACGACAUCGACAACCACCACCACAAGGGCAACAACGAUGGCAAGGGAAAACUCAAGCCUUCUCAGUGCGGCGGGGAGUGCCGGCGGAGAUGCUCCAAGACGCACCACAAGAAGCCGUGCCUCUUCUUCUGCAACAAGUGCUGCGCCAAGUGCCUCUGUGUGCCCCCAGGAACCUACGGCAACAAGGAAACCUGCCCCUGCUACAACAACUGGAAGACCAAGGAAGGAGGGCCCAAGUGCCCUUGA